GAUCGAUUCUUCAUCGAUCGGACACACAAAUUGCAAAUUGGAGUGGCGACCCAGCCUCUUCCUUCGCGGCCGACCAGCCACCACCACCGCCGCACCCACCCUCAGGGUAUUUGGUGAUUAUGGAUUUACAAACAUGUAUUGUUACACAUGUUGAGAAUGAUCAACCACAUGAUUUUGGUGGUGAAGAAGAAGACCUGGUUUUAUAUGAGUUGCAGCCCAGUUAUUAUUAAUAUAUAAUUUCUAUAAUUUUUUAAUAUACAAAUUACAAGAUAAAAUGGAUUAAAAAAGUGUAUUGGAUGGUGUGUAAAAAUGAAAGUGGACAAAUACUCUGGGACGGAGAGAGUAGGAGUUUACGAGGAAUGCUCCCGGUCCCAGAGGAGCGGGACGAAUGACGCCGAUGUUCUCCGACUUGCCACGGCCCGGUAUCAAGACGACAGGCACCAAGGCAAGGUGCCCAUCGAUCUUUGGAGGAUUUUGAGCGGUUCCCCAAAGUGGCAACAACUCAACAAUCCCAACGGCGGAUCGUUCCAGAAAAGAUCCUCCGUCGACGCCGAGGUUGAGGUCGACGAGACUAUCGGUUUGACCGAUCAAAUCCCUCCCUUCAACGUUGCGGAUUCCAAUGGCGAGGACCCCAUUCCACGGACGAUCGGAAGAAAGAAGGCAAAAUCCAUUGCCUCGGGUUCGGGAGGGUCCGGCCUUGUUUCCGCUUCUUCCCGCGACGAAAUCGGCCGGGAAAUGGUUGAACAACUUCGGACGUUCAAUCUCCGAGAACAAAAGAGGUUGAAGCUAAAGGAGAAGGAGUUGAAGCUAAAGGAGCAGGAGUCCAAGAUGAAAGUCAUGGAAACCGACCCCGGGACGUUGUCGGAGAUUGGACGAAUGCUCUACGAGCAAAGAAUAAAAGAGAUCAAGGAGAAAUAUAAUUUUCCUUAGUUUUUUUAUUAAUGUAUCUUUUUUUAUUAUUGUCGCUUUUUUAAUUUCAUGAAUGUAUUUUUUUAUUAUUCGUGUUUCAAUAUAAUUAAAUAAUAAAUUAAUUU